UCAUUGAGCAAACAACGCACAAGAGUCUCAUUGUCACUUUCAAAGUCUAUCCUCCGGAAGAUACAAAGCCAUAAGGGUAUUCAUCAGAUGCUAAAGCUUCUCCAUGUUCAUCUCGAACAAUCGCACCCGAUGCCCAGAAUCAUUUCAACCAAUUCCUUCCAUUUUCUUCAUUACAACUUCAAUUUCAAUCACGAUAAAUACUCUGCUAUCUCAAACCUAUAAUUCAUAUCAAUAUCAUGGGCAAGAUCAAUUCCUUCAAACAAGAAUUCUCUCUCGAUGAACGACGCAAGGAAUCACAGAGCAUCAUUGUUAAAUAUCCCGAUCGAAUUCCCGUCAUCAUUGAGAAAUAUUCUAGGACAGACCUACCUGAAUUGGACAAGAAGAAAUACUUGGUUCCUCGAGACAUGUCUGUUGGACAGUUUAUUCACAUUUUAAGUAGCAGGCUACGUUUGACUCCUGGGAAAGCUCUGUUUAUUUUUGUGAAAAACACGCUUCCUCAAACUGCUAGUCUUAUGACCUCCAUCUACCAAACUUACAAGGAGGAGGAUGGGUUUCUGUAUAUGUGUUACAGCAGUGAGAAAACAUUUGGUUAACUUGGUUGCAUGAUUUGCAUUUGAUGAUUAAUUCCUUCAAGUAUUUGUCAAUUGUGUAUUGUUAUUUGUAAAUAAAUUCAGUACAUGAUGUACUUGUAUGUAUGACAUAACAUCACCGAAUCUCCAAUUUAAACAACGAUUUGUUGUACAUUAAAUAAAAUGUAUAUUGUAAAGAUUUAGAUCCAUAUUUUUUUUUUCAUGUUAAGAGUAGCGGACUAGCUGACUUGGUA